AUGGUAUUGCCGCAGCCCUCCUUGCUAGACACGGCUCCUUCAGACUCGCAGAAACAGCUAGCUUUGGCUAUAAUAGACUUCCUCAACUCCAGCCUCAAGGAUGGAACGCUUACCGCAGAGCAUUCAGAGUCGAUAGAGAUCGCUACCUCAUGCCUGGGAGACACAUUUGGCGUCGACCCGUCCGAUGAGGCUGCCAUGAAAGACGCUCUGGGUGGGCAGUCUCUGCUGAACAUUUUCAGCGUCUACCAAAAGGUGAAAGGCACCAGGAAUACCGCUCCCGCAGCCGCCACCAGCGAGGAAAAGAAGCAGCCUAGCAAAACUGCUUCUCAACCGGCUGGCGCUCCCACCCCUGAAUCUGAUAAGCUAAAGUCUGAGGGAAAUGCUGCUAUGGCUCGCAAAGAUUACCCUGCAGCGAUUGACUGUUAUACUCGCGCACUGGCCGUUGCGCCUGCUAACCCUAUCUACCUAUCCAACCGUGCUGCUGCAUACUCAGCGUCUGGAAACCAUACAAAAGCUGCCGAGGAUGCCGAGGUUGCCGUUGCUGCUGACCCCAAAUACGUCAAAGCCUGGAGCAGACUCGGACUUGCUAGAUUUGCUCUGGGAGACGCUAAGGGCUCUGCUGAAGCUUACCAGAAGGGUAUCGAGGCUGAAGGCACCGGCGGCAGUGAAGCCAUGAAGAGAGGCCUGGAGACGGCCAGGAAGCGCAUUGCUGAGAUGGAGAAGACUGAGAAUGAACCCCCAGCCGAAGCAGUUGAUGAUGCUGCGGGUGCCACUCGUGGUGCUCCAGGCGGCAUGCCAGACCUGGCCUCACUUGCAGGCAUGCUUGGGGGUGGACGCGGAGGUGGCGGCGGCAUGCCCGACUUUGGCGCGCUCAUGAACAACCCUAUGUUCGCAAACAUGGCUCAGAAUAUAAUGAGCAAUCCCGAUAUGCUGAAUAACUUGAUGAGCAACCCAGCCCUGAGACAGAUGGCUGAGGGCUUUGGAGGUGGCCGUGGCGGAGGAUCUAGCUCAGGCGGUCUCCCUGAUAUGUCCAGCCUCAUGAACGAUCCCAACAUUGCUGAGAUGGCGAAGAAUCUCAUGGGAGGAAGAGGCGGUGGCCGCGGCACCGGUCCAAGCCCUUAA